AAAGUUCCUCGAGCGGUACCGGCAGUGCGUUAUCCGAGCUUACUCUCGCGCGUAUGUAAAACGAGUCAGCCCAAUCGUCAGGUGAAAACUCUAGUCUUGGUGCUCGCUGAAAACACAGCUAUCGACCGCUAGAAUAUCAUAUUCAGGCAGAAUAAGUGCUAGGAACACAAGGGACUGUGACCUCGAUCGGAACUGUUGACAAGCUCCCCGGAGGGAGUUUCGUCGAGUCUCAGCAUCCAAAACGAGAAUGGUCUUAUGAGGGCGGUGUGCUCGAAUUCGGAGUGCGUUCUGAUUUCGGCGAAGCUCUUCUGAAGCGAUUCCGUUCGGGAUUCCGCGUGCGCAAGCCAUCCUCAGUAGUUCCGGCCUUCAGGUGAAUAAUCAUGGGGAGCUUCAUCGGGCAUUUCCUGCCGGGAUUCACCUUCACCCUCGUUUCACUCUGGUGGAUGCUCGCGAUAUCAGCUCAACAAGCCAUUAAUCCGAGAGCUUUCCGAAAUCGCGCAAGUCAUCCGUGGCCUGGGCGCAGGUUGAGUCCGGAAACGUGGUUGAAGAUCAUCAUCUCACCCAUCGGAAUCAUAGGAGAGGCGUACACGGCCUUCGAGGACGGUCGAUUCUCCCAUCUGGGUAACUUGCAGCACAUGACCAUGUACACUUUUUUCCUGAUCAGUGGAAUAAUCGACUUGUGGAGCGCGCGGAAAAGCAUUGGACGAAGAUUGCCCCCCGGCAGUGAUUUUGCGGCGAUCAUUGUCGCCGCUAUGGUGGAGUGGCUGCUGUUCAGGUUCCAUCUACACGGCAGAGAUCCUCUCGACGUGCUGGUUCACACUUUGCUGGGUUUCACAAUCGUGGCCAUCGUAUUGAUAGUCCUCGCCGAGUGCGUAUUCCGUGAAAGCGUGCUCCUUGGAUACAUGAGAGCGAUCGCUGUUUUGACGCACGGCCUCUGGUUCAUAUCUGUCGGCUACAUUUUACACAAUCCCUGGGGUCCACCGCCCUUCGAUGCCAAUGAUCAUGGAUCUCACAUGGUGGCCACAUGUAUCUUCACAUGGCAUGUCCUUGUUGCGACUCUCAUCUGUGGCUUCAUUGUCGUGGCUACCCACAAGAAAUUCGGCACCGGAUCGAUCGAGACGGAGUACACUCGAUGUCCUGAACGAGAGGAAGCCGCCCUCAAGGGAUUUGAGAACGAUGAUUUUUGAAGAUCGUUGAAUGAUUCUUGGCAUUCGUUCUGAUACUCGGCAACGACCAGGGAUUCCGAACAGAUUUCCGCGUCAGAGCGGGGCUGUGGUCGUCUCCUUGGCUGAACAGAUGCUAAAAAUGUGUCAACUUCGGGCCCGGCCAGAGGAACUUGGUUGCUCGCAGGACAUUUCGGUGCGACGUUCUUGUCUCCACGAACAACUGAGAAGCUCGGGGAUCUCUAAAUUGAAACUCAUGAGGAUUCAUGACGUGUAAUUCUAAUAUGGACAAUAUUCCUCCGAGCUCGCAUCUCCCGACGCUCCUAGAAGUCUUUUGAGUGCGGAGUGUGGCGAUAAUCCCCGAUCCCUCAAAAUUUCAUCCUUGAUUCUCUGUUCACGUCGUGAUUCGUGUUCACUCUUCCUCUGAGUAAGCACAUGGAACUCUCGAAGAUUCGCAGUGAGGACUCUGUAUGAUGAUGUGUAAAUAAAUCAUGGUUGAUCAAAGGAAGGUUUCG